AACUGUAGUCCUGAGUCAGUGUAGCAGACUGUUAACUACAUUAACUACAGUCCAAAUCUAUUCUCAAAUUUCCCGUUCUAACUCCGUAAUUUCAUGGAACCCCAGGGCAUUGAUGAGAAACCGUCCCCAGCUGCACAGAGUGGCCUCCAAUCAAGGAGAACACCAUCCAGAAGCAGGCCAGGACAAAGUGGGCAGAUUCGAGGAGGGGAGAGGGGCAGGAAGAGUGGUCACUGGAACUUCAGGAACAUGUUUAACUCGACCAAGAGAGCGAGAGAGAGAAGAGAAGGAGUAUGUGCUGUCCCCAGAAAGCUGGCUGGAAGAACAUAUUAUUAGUCUUAUGUUUUAAAGAAAUAAUCUUUAAGAAAUUCCAUGUAGGAAAUUUUAUGUAUUCAACUUCUAUUAUAUACAUGAGGUGUGGUCUAAAGAACCACACAAGAGUCUAACAAAAAUCUCUAUUUGUUCUGGUUUAGUUUAAAAAAAAAGGGAAAUAGUUAUUAUUCAAGAAAUUUGUUUUUACCUGGUGAAUACUAUAAAUAGGUUUUUCAUAAGUUAUACAUGUGUAAUCAGUUUUUAAAUUAAAAAGUGAGUCUUGUUUAUUAAAAAACAUUUGACUGUGUGUAAACAAAAAAAUAAAACACACUUUAACAGUCUAUUAGCUAUAAGCAGCUGUAGGACCAAUUUGCAUACCAUGGUCACACAAUGUCCUAAAGACCGAUUUGUUGAAAAUCUGUGACGAGUGGUGGCCAAAACCCUCCCUAAAGAGCAGCCAAUGUAUGACUCAGGUACACUUACAUUAUUUAACCUGGGUUAUCCUGGAUUACCUGUGUGAGGACCUGUUUUGUACGCAAACAGACUUUGACAAAAUAACUAUUAUAAAAUAACAAUGGGUAAAAUGGUCACAGAAAUAUCAGCAUUUCUUGUAGCCACAGCUGGAUGGGUGCUGGUGUCUUCCACUUUACCAACAGACUACUGGAAAGUGUCUUCAAAUGAUGGCACAGUAAUUACUACAGCUACCUUCUGGUGUAACCUCUGGAAGAUUUGCGUGACCGAUUCUACUGGAGUUUCCAACUGCAAAGACUUUCCUUCCAUGCUCGCGUUAGACGGUUACAUCCAGGUGUGCAGAGGACUGAUGAUCUCAGCUGUGUGUCUUGGUUUCUUUGCAACUGCCUGUGCUCUGGUGGGAAUGAAGUGUACCAAAAUUGGAGGAAGUGAUCAACUUAAAGCUCGAAUUGCAUGCUUUUCUGGACUUCAGUAUUUUCUUGGUGGUCUCUGCUCUUUGACUGCCUGCUCUCUGUAUGCCAACAGGAUCAUGUCUGAAUUUUUUGACCCCAUGUUUGUGGACCAGAAGUAUGAAUUGGGGGCAGCAUUAUUCAUAGGUUGGGCAGGAUCUGCCCUGUGCAUUCUGGGAGGGAUUGUUUUCUUCUCAUCACUGUUUGAUGGUAAUAGCAAAAGCUCGAAUGAGAGGAAUCGAUAUGUCUAUAGUGCAACCUCUUAUGUUUCUAAACCUGAGAAGAAACAAAUCCAUUCAACAAAUGUCAGGAGGUCCCCAACAGAAGACAGCAGCACCUCAAAAAACUUUGAUAAAAAUGCCUAUGUGUGAUACACACACACAAAAAAAAAACCCACAUUUCUUCCGUCAAAGACAAUCUACUAAAGAGUUGAUAUAACAGGAAAACCAGUGGGAUCAUCCCCAAACCUAAGUUUUUAGAGAAGAAAUCGUAACAAGUGUAAAAGAUUCAAGACAAUGGGCAAUCUUUUCAGAAGUGGACGUCCUUCAUUUUCACAUGACUAGUAACAUUGAUCAUUAAAAAAAAUAUUUUUUUGGGAGGAAUACUUAAGACAGAUUUAAAAACUAAAUUAUUUGAAAAAUUAUUUUGUCUGACAAUUUACUUAUAGAAAUUAUUAUUAAUUUUUGCAAAGCAUAGAUUACAUUUGAAGCAUGUACCCUGUUUAUUCAUGGAGUUGCAGAUUUUAACCCAGAUUUAUUUUUUGUUUUUAUUUUUUUGAACUAAAUUCAUAUUUAACAUUUUAUCUUGUCAAAUGUUCUGCCAAAAGUGGCUGUUAUGGUUGUAGUGUAAAAUGCUUUUGGGAAAAGUUUGAAUAGAAGAAAUUGGACUGUCAAAGAACUAUGAAAGUUUAUGAACAAGAGUAUAUGUAAACAAACACAGAUAUUAUAUUUCCCAUUUAAAAUGUAGAGGUAACACUACAUGAAAGGCUCUAUUUUAAUAUUGCUUUUAUGAUGUUAAUAAGUUAUCAGCUACCACUCAUUCAUAUAUUUAGUUGACAAUUCAUCAAAUAUAAUUAUUACUUAGUUUUAGAUUAAGUAUUUUGUCAUGGAUUAAUGAGUAGCUGAAAUUUAAUUACAUCAGUAUGCGAUCAAAGUAUGACAAACCUUUUAUUUGUGUAUUGAAUCUUUCAGAAUUAAAAUAAUAUAUUUUUGGGUUAUUUUUUUUGUUUUCUUUAAAAUCAUUUGCUAAGUCAUUUGUGUAUGAAAACUAUUUUGCUUGGAAGAACUUUUGUACAAAAUUAUUAAAGUUUUUAAUUGCUGAAUUAAUAAUAAAUUAUGUUUUACUCUAAUAAUACUGUAUAUAAUGUAGUGAUAUUUGGAGUGAAAACAGAGUAGUCAACACCAGCUCAGUGUCAGAGUGCCAACAUCCGCAAAACAAAUUAAAAGCUCUCUCAAGCUUGAGUCUGGCCUGUGAAUGAUUUGUAACCUGUUUCCUACAUGUUAAAAAACACUUGAUCAAUAGACCGUAAACUUUAGGUUUAUAUGUUCCAUUCAUUUAUUUUCCAUCUGUUUUUUAUUAACUUUUCGUAACUUGUAAAGUAGCUUAAAUAUGCAUUCUCAUAAGUCAAUGUGCAGUCAGUGGCGUGCAGUGUGAAAACAAACAAAAGAGCUUUUUACUGAAAUUGUCAUAAACUUGUAAUAAUCUUUUGGGAAUUUAUUACUCCAAAGCAAUAUAUUAUUUCUUUUCGAUGUAUAAUAUAUUAGUAACUGAUG